CUGGUCCCGAUAGGCGCCCUGCUGAGCCAGUUGCGCGUCGGAGUGUCGUAUCGGCCGCAGGGGCCUUGUCUCGCGCUGGCUGUAAACUCGAACUUUGGAAUCGCCACUCGGCGAUAGCGAACACAACACGCCCUGGCUGGGUGUCUCAGCUUGCCGUUGUCGUGACGAGCACCGGGCCCCAUAACAAGGUCAACAAUGCUACUGCGGUUGCUGCUGUUCCUCUUAUCCAUCGGCGCGGCAAUAUCCGAGGACAUGUGUGGACCGUCUGAUUGUCUGUGCACACCCGCGGAUGGAGACAACAAUGUGUUCAUGCACUGCGCAAAUCGCUCCUUGACAGAGAUACCGGACUUCCCACCAGAACCCAAAGCCGUCCUUGGUCUCGAAGCCGGCCACAACAGCAUCAGCAAGCUCACUGUGUUCCGAAAGGCGCCUCUUAAGUUGCUUGAUCUUCACUACAACAGAAUUGGCAGUUUGCCGGCGGGUGUCUUUUCAGAACUAAAUUCUCUCGAAGUUCUCGAUCUGAGCCAUAACAACAUAAUGGAGUUGCAACCUGAGUGCUUCCAAGGCCUCGAGAAACUUAUUGUUUUAAACUUGACCGAGAACUUCGUAGAAACGAUACAGCCGAAGACCUUCCACGAAGUUCCUUUGCUCAAGCAGCUAUCCCUGGCGGGAAACAGUUUCAAAGUGAUCGAUUCCCAGUGGUUCUCGAACCUCAAGCACAUGGAACAUUUGGACUUGCGCUUGUUGGCGCUGAGUUCUUUGCCUGAAGAUGUGUUUCACUUCCUACCGGUUUUGACCCUACUGGAGCUGUCGGGCAAUGACUUCGAAGAUGUUCCGACCGAAGCACUACGCGGUGCGAAGUCCCUCAAGAUCUUGCACAUGGAACAAAAUCCUAUUGCAACACUUACCUGGAAGUCCUACGAAGGUAUGGCGUCCAUUGAAGAGCUGCACCUUUCAUCGAUGCCGCACCUAAUGUUCAUAGAAGAUAACGCAUUUUCCAGCAUGUCGGCACUAAGAAUACUGGAUUUGGCCAACAAUCCGUUGCUAACCAGAGUCAGCGGUAACGCCUUCUAUGUGAGCCCCAACAACGAGUCGACGACUUUGGCCGAGGUCUACUUGGCUUACGCCAACCUCAGCUCGCUGCCCUUUGCGGGCUUUGACUGGUGCAGCAUACAUGUCCUGGACCUACGUGGGAAUCCGUGGCACUGCGACUGCUCGCUUGACUGGAUCAGGGGCUGCCAGUUUCCACCCGAGCUCACGGAUCAUUUUCUGUGCAACGAGCCUCCGGAACUGUCCGGCCUUCCGGUGAUCCAGCUAACCCAGGCAGACCUGCGCUGCAUCCAACUGAGUCCAGCGAGGGGCGGAAGCCCCGAAGACGAGCACCACCACGGCCACAUGUCCCUGCGGCUGCUCGUGGUCACCGCGGGACUGGUCAUCCUUCUUAUGGUGCUGGGGGUCGUGCUCGUUGGCUUCCGGCGGAGGGACAUCCGCGACUGGAUCCAGAACAGGAAGCGCGUCGGCGCUGUCUACUACGUCAAGGCCCAGACGGAGCCCGGCUCCAGACGCGUCCAGGUGUGAGGCCGACGCUUAACGCGUCGGGGACACUCAGUCUCGCAAUCCUGGACCAUCGAGGUCUUCGCCUCGGCGACGACAAAGCGCCCGUAUGGUGCAAGCCGGACCGUCACGUCGCGGGUCUAGACAGAAAAAAGGGGAGUUUUGGGGAACGUCCAUACGGAUGUGACCUUAACGAGGGCUGUAAGAUAUUGACCGAGGAGAGAUGAUUGAAAGUCGAUAAAGAGACAGGAUAUGGCGACUUUUUUUUGUGCCCUUCGGGUUGCGUGAGUGGCGAUCAACACCUUAUGCUCCCCAUGCAGUCUUGUUCAAAACGCUGAAUUGCCUUAAAUUCCUUCUUCGUCCCACUGUUGGCAAUCAAGUAAAUUGAAAGCAAUCUUACGCCCCCCUCAUUUUCUUUGAACAAUGUGGCACCACAGUGAACAAUUCUUGAAUCAAUGGUGAGGAUACAGUUCGCCCUCGAAACAGGGGAGUUGUAUUUUUGCUCUUCGUUAAUCUGGUGUUUUUGUAGUCAAUACAUUUGCGCUUGCAAUCGUGAGGACAUUGGAAAAUCGCUUAUAUUUCUAUUGUUUUCUACUUUUUGUUGUCACGAUGUUCUAUGAUAACUAAGAGUUUAUCGUGUUGCAGAUUUUAUAACAGAUCGCUUGAAAUCAGUUCAUCGAUGUUCUCUGUUGAGUUUCGAUUCGGCUCAAGCAAUACUCGGCGCGACGCUCGCCAAGUCUAUUGCUACCAAUCGAUCAAAGUGUAUUUACUCUGUGGCAACCCAAGGAAAGCCUGCUAAAACUAAUAUUAAUCGUAACUUAGCCAACGUAAGUCUGGAUAGAUGAGUGUCGCCCUUUAAACUGUUUUUUUUUUUUUUUUUGAGAGGAGUAUAUUUUAGUUUCCUUACUUGGGACAUCUACCUCAUUAAACACCUGGUCACUGUAUAUUCUACUGUGAUUAUAAAGUUGAUUUUAUGUCACGAUGACCAACGGCAUGCCAUGCAGUUCCCUCCUGAAUCAUCGACACCGUACCCGUUAUACGCUCCUUGGAUGUUAUCCGAAGAAGCUGUUUUUCUUUGACGGAAUCUGCCAAAUAGUCAAUCCUAAGUUAUUACGCCUCCUCACACUUCAUCCCAACUUUAUAUUUUAUGAGUGAGAUGUUCUGUUUCUGCAUUAGAGCCUGUCAGACACUCGACAGACAGCUGGUCAGCAAAAUCGAGAAUCUGUAAGGCACUCAAUUUCGAUGACAAGCAAACUAUUGCAGGAUCCAAAAUCUAGUCCAACGGACUGCUCCAGUGGCGUCAGAAGUAUUUGGGAGAUAGAGAGGUGGCGGUUAAUGGGGAUGAAAAUGUCGGAAGAGGUGCAAGACGAUUGCUCCUCCCGAGAGUGAUCGGAAAAUGAAUCUGUCCAGCGAGGGUAUACCGCGUUAAAGAGCGCGCUACACAACGAAAGUUUUACAUCGCGUGGUGGACAAAGCACGAACCUCCCUAGUGGGGGUGCGGGAACAUGUAAACACGUGGUUGGAGAGAGAAAUGGCAUUGAACUUUCAUUACGAAAUAACUAAACGGAUAAUAAAAUAUGAUAAAGAUCCUCUUUUUCUAUUUUUCCCACAGAAACUGAUAAAGAAAGGUGUGCCUUUGGAAUGUCAUAGCUUCAGUGCGCAUAAAUGCGCAUGGGCGACCACACCUCACGCGAUACCGCUGGUCCAAUUGACCACGGCUGGCUCACACAUGCGGCAGAUAUGACGAUUGAUGACACUUCCAAUGUUCAGAUGUUCCUUUUUCUCCAACUGCGUCGUGUUAGAAGCACCGCAAAACGAUUUUUUUACUUAAAAAAAAAAUACUGUUAGGUAGGAAUCGGGGAUAUUCGUAGUGUACAGAAUUAACAUUAGUUUAACUCGUCACGCAACCACCGGCGACAGUGUCAAACGCGACCGUGCACCACCAAGCGAUGCUCGGAUGCCAUUACAACCAAGGUGGCGCCUAUGCGGGUUUAUGAACGUGAAUCGCGAGUAAGCAGAGCCCUCGCGCCGACACGUAGAGGCUGCACCUGCUUCGGCCUGCCGGGCUGAUCGAUUGCGGCCUUCUCUGAUGACGGUCCUGUUUGUGUUGCAGCUACCGACCGAACACCCUCCUUCUCCUCCUCCCUCUCCUUCUUUGUGCCGCCCACACAUCGUGAUCGUCUACAAACUCUCACCGGCAGCGUCCUAACUGUCGAGGAACGAACACGUUUUGCCUCACCACGUGGAGGCACGCGUGCAACCGGUAACAUCCCGUCUUCCAAUCUCCUUGCAUCUUUUUUUUUUUCGAUUAGACUUUGAGAAGUGAGGAUGACUAAGUACUAUGCGGUAAGGGUAGGGUGCCUGGAACGCGUUCCGACUGGUGCGUUUUUAUCGCGUCCUAAAAGAAGUGGUCCCUCGACUUCCGCCUGAUGACGUCGCCAAAGUGUCAUGAUGUCGUCGGCCGCGAUCCUGGCGGUGUUCCAACAGCGGUGGUGGAUGUGACAGACGCCUAUUCUGUUGCAUGUUGCUCUCUAGCUUGAGAGUCGACGGAAGCUUCGGCACUCAGGAGUUGGGACGCCGUGACGAGGGCGACACUGGCGUUCGCUCGUGCUUUUUGCCGGGACUUCUGUCACCAACCGCCAGGAUCGCGACAUCCGACAGCGUGACACUCCGGCUUCUGUGACGUCAUUUGUUGCCACUUUGGAGUCACUUUUGAUGUCUGGGUGGGAUAGGACGAUAAACACAGCACUUGAAGUGCGUUCCAGACACCGCACUAAGGGGAAGAAGUUUUUUUUGUGGUCAUAGUAGUGCACUUUUCCGAAGGUCGAUGGACGAUCUCGUACAGAAAUAUUUAAUUCAGAUACGCACUGGUGUUGUUAGAGCAUGAGUCGAAUGAGCUCAGUGUCUCACGUGGCUAUAAAAAUUCUUCAGUGUGAACCAGUUCUCAUCCUGUGUCACGUAGGUGACGAUAAAACGACGGUAUGAAAAACAUACUGAAACCGGCAGCUUAUCAAAAAAGAAAAGACAUAAAGAGGUGGGAAUGUGGUGUGUGGACCUGGCCGACUAUGUAAUGUUUGGUUUUCUUUGACGGAAAGUUGAAAUGCUUUGGAUCAAAAUUUUCAUUCUCUGUAUUAUCCACUGAAAUAAAGAUGAAUAUAGGAAACGA